AAUCAAAUUGAUCCGUAUGUUGAUAUUAAACAUACGGAUCAAGUUGAUCCGUAAACCUUUUAUGAAUCAACUUAAAAGGCUUACGGAUCAGGAAUAUUUCAGUCUUUUCACCUAGCAUCAGCCAACAUGAAGUGGCGACUCGUAAUAGACUAAGCUGAGUAGCGUAGUUACCAGAAGUGACACUGUGACAGAGUGACGAGGAGAAGAAAGGCAACUACACACAUACACACACCUACUUAAUUCGUUUCAGAGGAUAGCGCUCACUAUUUCGGAACUUCAGUUGAAUCAUUUUCACGCUCGGAACCCCAAAACUAAGAAAAGAGAGAGACUCCUCAUUCAAGAUAAAUAGAUGAAUUUCCGUUGACAACGUUGUGAAGUUAUGAAAAUGUUGUUUCUCCAAACCACUUUCUUACCUAGACCCUUCUCACCUUUUUGUGAUGCUAGUUUGCAUCCAUUGUCAUCACUUAACAUUCAAAAUCCUAUGUUGGAAUGUGCUCACAGCUUUUCUCAUUAUUCCCCUGUAUCUAGCCACCGCAUUGUAAAGUCCAUAUCAUGCUCUGUUUCUAGUAAGUCUCAUUCAAAACCCGAUCCUGAACCUCCGGAACCUGAAGCUAGUUCGAACCAAAGAGCAAGGCCUAAGGCAAGAAGCAGAAGUGGCCAAUCUAAAGAUGUGGUAUCCAGCAAUGGUGAUAAAAGUUCAGCAGAGACAUUCCCCACUACGAUUCCCAGGAAGCCGAGGCGUGGUCGCAGAAGUGAAGCCGUGGCAGUGGAAGAUUUUGUACGCGGUUCGCUCGAGCGCACGUUUGCUGCAAUUCGGGAACAAAACAAGGAUGCUUUGGAGAAUCAUGAGAACAUAAUGAAGGAGAGGGAUGAUGACAGUUCUAAAUCUGAAAGUGGUGAUAAGGACGAUGACAAUGAUGAUGAAGAGGAAGAUGGUGGUGAAGGCAUAAGAAAUAAGAUGGUGAUUGAGGAAGAGAGUAAAAGCUGGCCUUUGGAUGCAGAUGUUGGGUGGGGGAUAAGAGCUUCCGAGUAUUUUGAGCAGCAUCCAAUCAAGAAUGUGGUGGGAGAAGAUGGGUAUGAAAUUGACUGGGAAGGGGAGAUUGAUGACAACUGGGUGCAAGAGAUCAACUGUUUGGAGUGGGAGAGUUUUGCUUUCCAUCCCAGCCCUUUAAUUGUCCUUGUCUUUGAACGCUAUAACAGGGCAUCUGAUAACUGGAAAAUUUUGAAAGAGCUAGAGAAAGCAAUAAAGGUAUAUUGGAGAGCUAAAGAUCGGUUGCCUCCCCGGGCGGUUAAGAUAGAUAUCAAUAUUGAGAGAGAUUUGGCUUAUGCCCUGAAAGUUAGAGAAUGUCCUCAAAUUUUAUUUUUAAGGGGUCACAGGGUCGUGUACAGGGAGAAAGAACUCCGAACUGCGGAUGAGCUGGUUCAGAUGAUUGCAUUUUUCUAUUACAAUGCAAAGAAGCCUGCGUGGAUAGAUGAUAAGGCCUUGUAUACUCGUUAUUAAUCUUCAAGAAUGUCAUAUAGCCCUUGACAACCUGAAGAUUGCGUGUCUUUGUAAUGAAACAAACAAAAUUGGCAGCAAUUGUUUUAUGUAUAAAAAAUAUAAAGUACUGUAUAAGAGUUAAAACAAUCAGGCACUACCAAAUUUAGAAAUCUUAAGUGAAACAGUGAGCAUACAUAUUCAUUGUUUUAUCUUCUCUA